CGCCCAAUUGGCGCGCGGACUGCGGGGGUCGCCGCGGUUCCCGCCAAAUACGAGCGCGGCGGCCGCGGCGGCAGCAGCGGCGCGGGCGGGAGGGCGAAGAGCAGCGGCCGCCUGAGGGGAGCCCGCGCCUCCGCCGCAUGAGAGGAGGUCGAGCUGCCGCCGGGGCGAUGCUGGAGGAGCUGGAGUGCGGGGCGCCCGGCGCCAGGGGAGCCACCACAGCCAUGGAUUGCAAAGAUAGACCAGCUUUUCCAGUUAAGAAGUUAAUACAAGCCCGUCUGCCGUUUAAGCGCCUGAAUCUUGUCCCAAAGGGGAAAGCCGAUGACAUGUCAGACGAUCAGGGUACUUCUGUGCAAAGUAAAAGCCCUGAUUUAGAGGCCUCUUUGGACACCUUGGAAAACAACUGUCAUGGGGGUUCUGACAUAGACUUUAGACGGAAACUUGUCAACGGGAAGGGUCCCUUAGAUAACUUUUUAAGAAAUAGAAUCGAAACCAGUAUUGGCCAGAGCACAGUCAUCAUUGAUUUGACAGAGGACUCGAAUGAGCAGCCAGACAGUCUUGUGGACCACAAUAAACUAAAUUCUGAAGCCUCUCCCUCCAGGGAGGCAGUAAAUGGCCAGCGAGAAGACACUGGGGAUCAGCAGGGGUUGUUGAAGGCCAUUCAGAACGACAAGUUGGCAUUUCCUGGAGAGACCCUUUCAGACAUUCCUUGCAAAACAGAGGAGGAGGGUGUUGGCUGUGGAGGUGCAGGGAGGAGAGGCGACUCCCAGGAAUGUUCGCCACGGAGCUGCCCGGAGCUGACGAGUGGCCCGAGAAUGUGCCCCAGAAAGGAGCAGGACAGUUGGAGUGAAGCUGGGGGCAUCCUGUUCAAAGGGAAGGUGCCUAUGGUGGUCUUGCAGGACAUCUUGGCUGUGAGACCACCGCAAAUCAAGUCCCUUUCAGCCACACCCCAAGGCAAGAACAUGACUCCUGAGAGUGAGGUGCUGGAAUCUUGCCCCGAAGAAGACUCUGUACUCAGCCAUUCGUCCCUGAGCUCUCCCUCUUCCACCAGCUCGCCCGAGGGGCCACCUGCUCCCCCAAAGCAGCACAGCAGUACCAGUCCCUUCCCCACCUCCACGCCCCUCCGCAGAAUAACUAAGAAAUUCGUCAAAGGCUCUACAGAGAAGAACAAGCUCAGACUGCAAAGAGAUCAGGAGCGUCUGGGCAAGCAGCUCAAGUUACGUGCAGAAAGGGAAGAAAAGGAGAAGCUGAAAGAGGAGGCCAAGCGGGCCAAGGAGGAGGCCAAGAAGAAGAAGGAGGAAGAGAAAGAGCUUAAGGAAAAGGAGAGGCGGGAGAAGCGGGAGAAGGAUGAGAAGGAGAAGGCGGAGAAGCAGCGGCUCAAGGAGGAGCGGCGCAAGGAGAGACAGGAAGCCCUGGAGGCUAAACUUGAGGAAAAAAGGAAAAAGGAAGAAGAGAAACGGUUAAGAGAAGAAGAGAAGCGCAUUAAAGCAGAGAAGGCCGAAAUCACGAGGUUCUUCCAGAAACCAAAGACUCCACAGGCCCCCAAGACCCUGGCCGGCUCCUGUGGGAAGUUUGCCCCCUUUGAAAUUAAAGAGCACAUGGUCCUGGCCCCUCGGCGUCGGACCGCUUUCCAUCCAGACCUCUGCAGUCAGCUGGACCAGCUCCUCCAGCAGCAGAGCGGCGAGUUCUCCUUCUUGAAAGACCUCAAAGGCCGGCAGCCCCUGAGGUCCGGACCCACCCACGUUUCCACCCGGAAUGCAGAUAUUUUUAACAGUGAUGUCGUCAUCGUGGAGCGUGGGAAGGGCGACGGUGUUCCCGAGAGGAGGAAGUUUGGCAGGAUGAAGCUCCUGCAGUUCUGUGAGAACCACCGGCCUGCCUACUGGGGUACCUGGAAUAAGAAGACGGCACUCAUCCGCGCGCGAGACCCCUGGGCCCAGGACACGAAGCUCCUGGACUAUGAGGUGGACAGUGAUGAGGAGUGGGAAGAAGAGGAGCCUGGGGAGUCCCUGUCCCACAGUGAGGGGGAUGAUGAUGACGACAUGGGAGAGGAUGAAGAUGAGGAUGAUGGUUUCUUUGUGCCCCAUGGGUACCUGUCUGAGGACGAAGGUGUGACAGAGGAGUGUGCCGACCCUGAGAACCAUAAGGUCCGCCAGAAACUGAAGGCCAAGGAGUGGGAUGAGUUCCUGGCUAAGGGGAAGCGCUUUCGCGUCCUGCAACCUGUGAAGAUCGGCUGCGUGUGGGCGGCUGACAGAGACUGCGCAGGCGAUGACCUGAAGGUACUGCAGCAGUUCGCAGCCUGCUUCCUGGAGACCCUGCCCGCCCAGGAGGAGCAGACGCCUAAGGCCUCCAAGCGGGAGAGGAGAGACGAGCAGAUCCUGGCCCAGCUGCUGCCGCUCCUGCACGGCAACGUGAACGGGAGCAAGGUCAUCAUCCGGGAGUUCCAGGAGCACUGCCGCCGGGGACUGCUCAGCAACCACACCGGCAGCCCGCGGAGCCCCUCCACCACCUACCUGCACACCCCCACCCCCAGCGAGGAUGCCACCAUCCCCUCCAAGUCCCGGCUCAAGCGGCUCAUUUCCGAGAACUCAGUGUACGAGAAGCGGCCCGACUUCAGGAUGUGCUGGUACGUGCACCCGCAGGUGCUGCAGAGCUUCCAGCAGGAGCAUCUGCCCGUGCCGUGCCAGUGGAGCUAUGUGACCUCGGUGCCCUCGGCCCCCAAAGAGGACAGUGGCAGCGUCCCCUCCACGGGGCCCAGCCAGGGCACUCCCGUCUCGCUGAAGAGGAAGUCAGCGGGCAGCAUGUGCAUCACCCAAUUCAUGAAGAAGCGCAGGCACGACGGCCAGGGUCAACCCAUGCUGCCUGGGGAGAGGGACAGCCUGGGCUCCCAGCCACUGAAGAGAGGAUCCAGGAGGGGAGCCCCUACCCAGGAAUUGAUGAGGCUACGAUUGGUGCCGAGGACAUGGACGGCUUCCAGGCAGACACGGAGGAGGAGGAAGAGGAGGAGGGCGACUGUAUGAUCGUGGAUGUCCCGGAUGCUGCGGAGGUCCAAGCCCCGUGUGGAGCCGCUUCCGGAGCUGGGGGUGGUGUGGGGGUGGACACCGGCAAGGCCACCCUGACCGCGAGCCCACUGGGCGCAUCCUGAGAGCAGGGGUGACGUAUGUAGAACGCUUAGGGUGUCCUCCCCACAGAGCAGAUACUUGAACCGACUCAAUUCCUGUGUAAAGAGCACUUUGUCCUGCUUCACGGACCUCCCCAAGGUGUGCAGAGUUCUAUAUAGGAUGCUGGAUUAGUUCCUUUGAUAUUUGUAAAAAUUCCCCCAAGAGCCACAUAUGAAUCUGCCCUUUAAUAAAGCAUUAUUGAGAUUGCUGGCCUAUUGGGGAAGCCUGCGGGCACAGGAGCAGGCGUGGAAUCCAAUACUUGUAAAUGAAUUGAAGCGUCAGGACCACCCACCUGGCCACGUGCGCGGGCCCCUGGACCUAAUGAGGCAGUGUAUAAACUUAUUCUCUAGCCCUGA